GCGUAUGAUCAACUUAAAUAUGUUGAUAUUUCAUAUAAUUUAUUUGAUAAUAUUCCUAAUUUACAUAGAAUGAAUAUUGUUACUGUAUUCAACAUAUCAAAUAAUCGAAUAGUUGAUUUGACAGAAAAAAUUUAUCAAUUAGAAUCAUUAUGUGAAUUAUACGUGAUGAAUAACAAACUUAUACAUGUACCAAAAUCAAUUGGUAAUUUAAAGAAUUUAGAAAUAUUAGACAUUUCUGAUAACAUGCUUGUAGACUUACCAUUUUCAAUUGGUGAUUGUCAAAACUUAAGAGAACUUAAAUUACGAGGUAAUUCAUUGGAAAGUUUACCAGCAACUUUGAGACAAUUGACUAAUUUAGAUAUAUUUCAUGUUGGACAAUGGCCAGUUACCGAGUUCAAAAUAAUACAUGAUGAACAUCGGCAAGAAAAUUUGAAAUUAAGUCCAUAUCAACUUAAUAUUCCACAACAUGUUGAAC